AUGUCAACAAACACAUCAAACAACAUCAUAGAUUAUAAACACAUUCUACUUUUAAGAUUAUUAAAUAACAAAUAUAUCAGAAUACAAAUUUUCGAAAAUGUAGUUGACAUUCAUAGAAUAAUGUGUGUCGAAUCUUUCAAAUGGGACAUGUUAAAACCAAAAAUCAUUUUAAAAUAUAAUUUGAUAGAUAGAUUUGAAUCAGAGUACAAACAAUUCCUCCAGAAUCACAAGGACAAAUCGAAAAAAGAUCGAUUAAAAUUCUAUAUUUAUGAGUGGUCAACUCUUGUCAAGUUGGGACAUUUCGAAUUGGCUAAGUCAAUCUAUACCAAUAUAAAGGACUACUAUUCUAAAAUCUAUACGCUUGUGUCUUAUUACGAUAUCAAUCAAAUGUACAAUAAAACAGUCGAAAAUGCAUGUUUGGAGGGUGACAUGGCAAUACUCAGAUUUCUGCACAACGAUUGUGUACCGAAAACGAAAUGGAGUCAGAAAUGUCUAUCGUUGGCAGCGGUCAAGAGUGAUGUAGAAGUACUCCUAUUCCUUUUAAAGGGAGGGCAGGCAUCCAACUUGUUUGACAACAUUUUCAAUACCGCUGCAUCACAUGGUAAUCUCAGUUUUCUCAAAUGGUACUACGACAAUAGGAUUGUCGAAAGGAUGUCAACUGAUCUUCAUCUCAGACUGGCAUCGAUUGGUGGACACUUGGAAACAGUCAAAUUCUUGUUGGAUCGUGAUAAAGAGUCGGUAGUAUCCGAUCUUACAAUGGUUUGUUCUAUAAACAAUGGACAUCCAGAUGUAUUUAAACUUAUGUAUCAAAGAAGAGGUUGUGAAUGUAAUCACUAUUCUCUGAGACAGAUUGUCGAUAGCCAGAAUGUAGAUCUCAUCGAAUUCUUAUAUCAACAUCGAUCGGAGAAAUUGGGUGAUCCGUUCCAACACUAUAGAUCUGAUCGAUUCUUCAAAGCGAUUGAAAUGAACAACUCAAAGAUGUUGGAGAUAUUCAUAAGAGAGACAGUCAAUUUUUGUUUUAGCGAAUUGCUUAUCAAAGCCGCAGCAAGUUUGUCAACUUUAAGAAUGUUAAAGUUUAUCUAUGAUCUUUGGAUCAAAAACAACAAAAAGAUAACAUCAACAAAAAAGAAUAUAGUAACAAAGAUCAUUUUAAAACUAGAAUUGUUAAAAGAACAAUAUAACAAUGAUAAUAAUAAUAAUCAUCAUGAAGAAUCAAACUUUUCAUUUGACGAAAUCAUUAAUAGUUUGAAAUCACUAAAUAAUAAAGAUAUGACAUCAACUAAUUAA